CUCAAUAAAUUCACAGAUACGGAGUGAGGAAGAGACUGUGUGUGUGGGGUUCUGUUGUGCCGUUUUGUUCCGUGACUGUGAGUGAAUUAGUUAAAAAGCUCAAUCAAAAUGUACAAGACGAAGCUGCAGGAGCUUUGCCACCAGAAACGGUGGGUUUUGCCCAGGUACUCCGCCAUGAAAGACGGUCCUGAUCACAUCCCUAGCUUCAAAGCUUCAGUCUCUGUCAAUGGCCUUACCUUUGACUCUCUCGUACCCCGCUCUUCUUCCAAACUUGCUCAAAACGAAGCUGCCAUGCUCGCUUUUCUCCAUUUCACUUCUUCUGAUCCGCCAUCGCCUUCACCUGCUACAGAUUUGAAUCAACUGCGUAAAAGCCAGCUGCGGAACUAUGAUCAAAGGAAAAGUUUUGAUUCAACUGCUUUUACCAUUGAAAGUAGCGGCCUCCCUCAUAUUCCUUGCAUGAACGCUACAAGCUCAGUUGAUGAUCAACGUUAUGAGAGGCCAGCAAUUUUCAGCACUUCGAAGGAGGCAGAGCAGGCUGCUGAAAAGGUUUCUUUGAUGUCGCUGUCACUUGACAGCCCUCAGAAGGGUGACUCUGGUCUCUACAAGAAUUUACUGCAAGAGUUAGCUCUGAGGGCAGGCUUUUGCAUACCAACAUAUAAAACCAUAAAGUCUGGCACAGUUCGCAUGCCAACUUUCAUCUCUAUUGUAGAGGUAGAAGGUAAGGACUUUCAUGGUGAGGCGAGGAAAUCCAAGAAACAGGCAGAACAGGAUGCUGCCAAGGUUGCUUACACUGCGCUUAAAGAAAGUAGGUCGAUUCUGCUUCAGUGUUGCAUAUCUUUUAUUUUACAAAAUGGUUACCCGUCAUCACUGAUAAAUUUAAUACUCGGAGAAUUUGUGAUUCUUCUUUCAUUUUCCAGCCAGUCGCAUAUCACUAACCGCUUAUGCAUGCUGCAUGCAUGGCAAUCUGUCUCAACAGAAGAGGCUCAAGAACAGAACUUGGAUGAGAUGCUACCCAGUAUGGUUAAAGUCAGCAAUGAGAUUUCCAAUCCAUCAUUUCUACAGCCAUCUGAGGAAGACAUGAUGAAGAGCAUCAAGAGCUUACCAUCUUCUGAAUCAGUGCAUGAAUCCCCAGAGAAAGAGUGUCCAUCCUCCCCAGAAUCCUCACAGCUUGACCUCUCUGCCCUUUCGAUUCCAGAGCUCAACAACGCAAAGACUCCUGAAACAAGUAGUUAUCUGAUUCAUGACAGAAUCAGGGUUUAUACAAGCUUCCCGGAUCUUUCACUCCCCGAGGGAAUAACUCUUCUGCCAAUUAGGGAGAACAGGUGGAUUGCUGUGAGUCUGGAAUUCCCAGAUGAAAAAGAUAAUUGA